GCAGCAGCCCUUUAGGGCUAAGCAUUCUAGCCCAUUUCAGUUAAGGAGAGAGAUAGAGAGUGCUCCGCUUGUGUGUGUGUUUUCUGCAAGUGAAAGCUCUGCAGAUGGCAAAAAGUUUGGGGAACUUCGAACCAAUUUUUGGGAAAGUGAAUGCGGAGUGGGAUAAACCAUGUUCUGUUGCUCUGCUUCCGUUUAUGUUUCAUGUUCAUGUAUUCAAUGCUACUUCCAUCAGAAUCCAUGUAACCGACUUUCAUUCCUAUACUUUCGAGAGCAUUCGAUCCCUAUCACAGCUGGAAGAUUUGAAAGAUGACAUAGGGAUUGGUGGGAAUUGGUCGGAUUUUAUGGAUUACCUUCGAGCAUCGAUGAAUUCUGAUCAAGUGAAACUUAUUCUGGACAGUCCAAUCCAUCCGGUUGGACAUAGAGAUGUACCACUUGCCAAGUUCAUUGCUCAAAAGUCGAAAGGAAUGCCUGUUUUCUCCAUUUCCCUGGUCGGGCUUGUCAACUCAUCUGCUAGUGAUGCCAUAGCAAAUCUAUCUAUUGGGAUUUUUACAGCAUUUCAAAGGGAGCAUAAUUUAGUUAUAAAAGAACAAACACGAGCAUAUCAGUUGACAAAUCUGAUUUCAGCUGAACAGGAAAAGAAUGAAAUUAUCCAAAAGGAACUUGAUGCAGUCCUGAAUCCAAAGAGACGGAAGGCAGAGAUAUCUAGUCCUGACAAAGCAUUCCCUUUUUCUGAUCCUCUUAGAAACUCAGAUUCAGUGACACUUUCUGAGAUAAUUUCUCCUGCAGAGAAGCCAUUUGCGAAGGAUUCUUUUACUACAAAAGUCAGCCAGCGGGUUGUCCCUGCGUAUCGCAGGGCAAAGGUAAGAGGAGCACUUGUGCAGGAUUCUGAUGAUGAAAAAGAUAAUUGACAGAUAUUAUUCUGUCUCCUUUGCUUCAGCUCUCAAAAUUUGAAAAGUUUCAAAAGCGACUUCUAAAUAUGAUAAUUUUCAGGUCCCGUUGUGAACCUUUAUUUUGCAAAUGUGGAGGAAAAGUUGAUGAAAGAUGGAAAAGAGGCUCUGCUGUAAUUAGUGUAGGUUCUGUUACACAUAUAAGUUUUGUGCCACGAAGAAUGUAAAUGUUGGAGUUAAUGAAAUUCCCUUGGAUCUUUAUUUUAUUUUACGAGACAUGUUUAUGAAAAGAUGUUAUUCAAUGGCUUGGAUCAAUUAACUUUUUAAGUUCCUUA